AUGCCCUCCGCCACGGGCUCCAACUGGGAGAAGUACCAGAAGAACUUCGCCGAUGACGAGGUUGAGGAGAAGAAGAUCACACCUCUGACCGAUGAGGACAUUCAAGUCCUGAAGACGUACGGUGCGGCACCGUAUGGCGCAGAGCUCAAGAAGCUUGAGAAGGAAAUCAAGGACAAGCAGCAAAUCAUAAACGAGAAGAUUGGUGUCAAGGAAUCGGAUACCGGUCUUGCACCUCCACAUCUAUGGGACAUCGCCGCCGACCGACAACGUAUGCAAGAAGAACAGCCCCUCCAGGUCGCCCGAUGCACAAAAAUAAUACAAGAUGAGAAGGACCCGGAGAAGAGCAAAUAUGUCAUCAACGUGAAGCAAAUCGCCAAGUUCGUUGUCAACCUCGGCGAGCGGGUAUCACCGACGGAUAUCGAGGAGGGCAUGCGUGUCGGUGUCGAUAGGAACAAGUACCAGAUCCUCCUCCCGCUACCGCCAAAGAUCGACCCCUCGGUGACUAUGAUGACGGUCGAAGACAAGCCCGAUGUCACGUACGGCGAUGUCGGUGGCUGCAAAGAGCAGAUCGAAAAGUUGCGAGAAGUUGUCGAGAUGCCCCUCCUCUCUCCCGAGCGAUUCGUGAACCUUGGUAUCGACCCUCCCAAAGGUGCCCUUCUCUACGGUCCUCCAGGUACCGGCAAGACGCUCUGCGCUCGAGCUGUCGCGAAUCGGACAGACGCUACUUUCAUAAGAGUUAUUGGCUCCGAGCUAGUACAGAAGUACGUGGGUGAGGGUGCACGAAUGGUGCGUGAGCUCUUCGAAAUGGCGCGGACAAAGAAGGCGUGCAUCAUCUUCUUUGACGAAAUCGAUGCAGUAGGAGGUGCACGUUUCGACGACGGCGCAGGGGGUGACAAUGAAGUCCAGCGAACCAUGUUGGAGCUCAUUACCCAGCUCGACGGCUUUGACUCGCGCGGAAACAUCAAGGUCAUGUUCGCUACCAACAGGCCAUCCACACUCGACCCCGCACUCAUGCGUCCCGGUCGUAUCGAUCGAAAGAUCGAGUUCUCGCUGCCGGAUAUGGAGGGGCGUGCCAACAUCUUGCGUAUCCAUGCUAAGAGCAUGAGUGUGGAGCGCGACAUCCGUUGGGAGCUCAUCUCGCGAUUAUGCCCGAACAGCACGGGUGCUGAGCUGAGGAGUGUAGCGACCGAGGCGGGUAUGUUUGCUAUUCGUGCGAGGAGGAAGGUAGCGACCGAGAAGGACUUCCUGGCUGCCGUGGACAAGGUCAUCAAGGGCAACUUGAAGUUCAACUCCACGGCCACUUACAUGCAGUACAACUAG